AUGACAACAACCAUUCCACUUCCUUACACAUGUAAAGAAAUAGCUCCUGUGGAGACGGACCUUACUCUCGACGAUUGUGUCUUCCGUACAUAUACUUGGAAUGCAUCCAAGGAUAAUUGGAAAGGUCGAGUAAUUUAUAUUCACGGAUACCGUGAUAGGCAUGAAUUCAUAUAUGAAUUGGCUGAAAAGGUUGCUAAGACAGGUUUUGAUUUUUUCUAUUUUUACCAGAGAGGUGAAGGUGAAACCAGGUUGGUCAAUGACGAAAAAGGUGUUAGUGAUGAUUAUUAUGCCUAUAAGGGUAUCGAUGACAUAAUCGAGUAUAAUGUUAGUCAUUUAAAGAAGAAAAACCUUCCUCCAAAAUUGCAUCUCAUGGGUCAUUCGAUGGGUGGUGGGCUAACCCUAAAUUAUGCUUGUCACGGAAAAUAUAAGACUGAAAUUAAAUCAUUUUCAGCUACUGAUCCUUUGAUCUUGCUUCAUAAAGAUACUUAUCCCGGUAUUUUUGUUGAACUUGUUGUCAGAGCUAUAUGUAGUUUUAAGUUUGGCAGGUACAAAAGAGUCAAAAGUCCAUUAAGGGCAGAGUUCAUGACUGCCGAUCCGGUGUAUCUCGAGUACUUGAAUAGUAUUACUAACCCAGAAGGUUUAGAUGGCGCUUUCGUUGAAACCAGAGAUUUCAUUUUGAGGGGAAGAAAGCUGCUAUCUCCUGAGAUCUACACUCAAAUUGAUAGAAAUGUCCCUCUAUUAAUUUGUCAAGGUGAAGACGAUCAUAUUUGUGAUCUUUUUGGUAGCAAGAAAUUCAUCGAUUCGCUUAACUCACUCCCAGAUAUGAAAAAUAAGGCGUUGAUAACAUAUCCAGAGGGUAAACAUUGUAUCACCAUGGACAUACCCGCAGUUCGAAACAAAGCCAUCGAAGAUCUUGUCCAUUUUGUGGAAAAGAAUGCGUGA